UAAACAAGUUAAAGUUCAGCUUUUCAGCAGAAUCGGCCUUCAUAGAUGAAGAGCUUUAGUCCGUCUGAAGGCUGCGUUACAGUCUGUAAAACCGAUGUCAGUGUUUCUUCCUUCCUGUUGAUGAGCUGAUGUCUGUAUCUUACCAGAAAUAUCCACAGUACACUCUGACAGUACAAGCAGCAGAUAUGGCAGGAGAAGGGUUAACUGGACAAACCAAAGUCAUCCUCACGGUGACAGAUGGCAGCAGUAAUGCUCCUGACAGCAGCAGCAACGUGGAACCCAACACUGCACGUGUUUUUCCAGCUAUUUUCUUCACUGAGAACAACAGAGGACCCUAUCCUAUUAAGUUAAUUGAAAUACGGUCUGAUGAACAUCAAAAGCAGAAUUUACAUUACAGCAUCACUGGUCCAGGAGCUGAUCAGCCUCCUGUUGCCCUUUUCACCAUGAAUAGAGACACUGGCAGUCUGUAUGUCACACAGCCAGUCGACAGAGAGGAAGUAGCCCAUUAUAAGCUACAAGUGCAUGUCGUGGCAGAAAGUGGAGAUCACCAGGAGGUCAUGAGUGUUACAGUUAAAGUCAUCGACCAGAAUGACAACAAACCUGUCUUCUCUCAAAACACCUUUGAGGGACAAGUUGCUGAAAACUCAGCACAAGGUUCUGAAGUGAUUAAGGUCGAGGCUACAGAUUCUGAUGAACCAGAUAAUGCCAACUCAGAUAUCCGUUACCGUAUUCUGAGGCAGGACCCGCAGCUGCCCAGUGACAACAUGUUUGAAAUCAACUCAGUUACUGGAGCCAUCAGUGUUGCUGGCACUGGACUAGACAGAGAGAAAUAUCCACAGUACACUCUGACAGUACAGGCAGCAGAUAUGGAGGGAGAAGGGUUAUCUGGACAAGCACAAGUAAUCAUCAAGGUGGUGCAGAGCCAGUAGUCCUGGAAAAGCUUCAGAUCUCCUGUUCCUGUUUGAGCAUGAAGACAUCAGAGACAUCUAUCACUGGCUGAUUCUACAUGACGCUCUCUUCAUAUGCAUGUGUGAAUGUUAGAUAAAAAGCACUUACAUA